AUGAAGUGGACCAAAAAAUGGCUUUCCAUUUCAUUGAAGAAGGGCCCUUGUAUGCUCACAUUCUAUAAGCAAGGCAGCAGAAAACCACUAUUGAGAUUCAAGCUUGAUUGUAUCAAUGUUUUACUUACUGCAACUGCUACUGAGCCCUCUGCCCUUACACCUCCUGAUCAUUUCUCUGGUCGCCAAUUUCCAGAGCUCAUACCCCAACACAGAGCAAGUAGCAUCCACAGAAGAGAUGUGUUGUGUGCACCAAAACAAAAAAAGAAAGCAAAUACCACUGUGGGGAUUGUGCACACAAGCCAGGACUUUGUCCCGCACCUUACUUCAAAAUUUACCAUACUGAGUGAGACUGAACAUUGA